AUGGAAAUCUUAAUCAUUCUCCUCUUCGCCUUCUUUCUAACAUCAGUAACAGCCCUCGACACAAUGUCUGCAACUCAGUCUAUUAGAGAUGGUGGUGACACUAUAGUUUCAGCUGAUGGCUCCUUUGAAAUGGGAUUUUUCAGCAUCAAUUCUUAUAGAUAUUUGGGUGUGUGGUUCAAAAAGAUUUCUGAUGGAACUGUUGUUUGGGUUGCCAACAGACAAAUUCCGCUUUCGAAUUCACCAGGAUUACUACAAUUUGAUAACAGAGGAGGUCUUAUUCUUCUGAAUCAAGAAAACUUCACCAUAUGGUCUGCCGAUACAUCAAGACCUGUGCAGACUCCUAUUGCACAGCUUCUGGAUUCAGGAAAUUUCGUUAUUAGAGACGAAACGGACGUCGACCCGGAAAAUUACUUGUGGCAAAGUUUUCAUCAUCCUGACAGAACAUUUAUGCCUGGAAUGAAAAUUGGAAGACUGGCCGGAGGCGUUGAAGUUCACGCAACUUCGUGGAAGAGCAAAGAUGAUCCUUCUGAAGGUGAAUUCAUUUAUCGGCUUCAUUCCUCUGCUUUGCAGCUGAUUAUUGAGAGUAAAUCAGUUAUCAUAGGUCGAUCAAGACCAUGGAAUGGUAUUGGUCCGAGCGGAUUGCCUUACUUAAAAAAGAAUCCAAUCUUUCAUUAUUCGUUUGUUAUGAACGAAAACGAGACAUAUUAUACUUUUGAGCUGGUUAACAAAUUAGUAUUUACGCGGGUUGUCUUGAAUGAAAAUGGCGUCUUAAACCGGUAUGCAUGGAUAGACCGGACGCAGAAGUGGCAGCGUAUCUCAUCUGUACCAGCAGAUAAUUGUGAUACUUACAACACAUGUGGUGCUGAUGGAAGUUGUGAUAUAACCAAUACACCUCUAUGUUCAUGUCUAAAUAGAUUUGUGCCGAAAUUAGAAAAUAACUGGUAUGCAGCAGAUUGGUCCGGCGGCUGCGUUCGACGAACGCCAUUAUAUUGUCAAGGAGGAGACAGGUUCAUAAAGUAUUCAAGUAUUAAGUUGCCUGAUAUGAUAAAUCAUUCAACCAAUUCAAAUUUGACCAUGGAGGAAUGUGAGAUGUUCUGCUUGAAAGAUUGUUCCUGUAUGGCCUACGCCAGUUCGAAUGUCGUAACUGGAAGAGGAUGCUACUUUUGGUUUGGAGACCUUAUUGAUAUCAAACAAUUUAAAGAAGAUGGUGGGCAAGAUAUUUUCAUUAGGAUGGCCUUUUCUGAAUUAGAUGAGAGCUCGAGUUUGAAAAAAAGUAGGGUGCUCGUAGCAACCCUAGUUUCAUCAGCAGCAACGUUUUUGCUUAUUCUGUGUAUAUGCCUGUUCAUAAGGAAUCAAAGGAGAAAGCAAAAGAAAAAUGCACAAGGUAAGUGGGAAAACAAUGCAGACGAAUGCUACUCUAUUGACAACCAUGAGGAGGAUAUAGAGCUACCUCAUUUUGACUUCAUCGUAGUGGCUCGAGCUACCAAUAACUUCUCAUUAGAUGGUAUGCUUGGAGAGGGCGGCUUCGGACCUGUCUACAAGGGCAUGCUAAGAGAUGGACAAGAAGUUGCUGUGAAGAGGCUGUCCAAGGAAUCAAGACAAGGUUUUCAUGAAUUCAUGAAUGAACUUAAAUGCAUCGCUAAACUUCAGCACCGGAACCUAGUCAAGCUACUUGGAUACUGCAUUUAUCUAGAUGAAAGAAUGCUGAUAUAUGAAUACAUGCCUAAUAAAAGCCUGGACUACUAUAUAUUCGAUGAUAACCGAGGCAAGCUUCGAGACUGGAAUGUCAGGUUCUGUAUUAUCAUCGGUAUUUCGAGGGGACUUUUAUAUCUUCAUCAAGACUCUAGACUGAGAAUUAUUCAUAGAGACAUCAAAUUAAGUAAUAUCCUACUAGACAAAGAGAUGAAUCCGAAAAUCUCAGAUUUUGGCAUGGCUAGAAUUUUUGGGGGUAAUGAAACUGCUGCAAACACAAAACGAGUAGUUGGGACAUACGGGUAUAUGUCACCAGAGUAUGCUUUUGAUGGCCUAUUCUCAAUGAAAUCCGAUGUGUUUAGCUAUGGAGUUCUGGUGUUAGAGAUAAUCAGUGGACAGAGAAACAGAGGAUUUACUCAUCCAGACCACGAACUUAACCUUCUUGGACACACAUGGAAGCUGUUCAAAGAAGGAAGACAGCUCGAGCUUAUCGAUGAAUUAGUAACGGAAAUUUGCAAUCUAUCAGAAGUGUUAAGAGCAAUGCAUGUUGGUCUAUUAUGUGUACAACAUAAUCCAGAAGAUAGACCAAACAUGUCAUCGGUGGUUCUAAUGUUGAGUAGUGAAGGUCCAUUGCGUGAGCCUAAAGAACCCGGAUUUUUCGCAGAAAGGAAACUGUUUGAAGGAGAAUCACCCCAAACGCAUGAUUCUGUUAAUGAACUCACAAUUACAACGAUCGAUGUUCGAUGA